GAGUACUAUGUUCAAUAGUCAGAUCAUCGGUCUUGUGAACGGGACUGCCGCCGGAUGGGGUAACAUGGGUGGAGGCAUAACACAGUUGCUCAUGCCUAUUGUGUAUGAAAUCAUAAGGCGUUGUGGUGCAACAGCUUUCACGGCCUGGAGGAUUGCCUUCUUUGUCCCUGGAUGGUUGCACAUCAUCAUGGGAGUCUUGGUGCUCAAUCUAGGUCAAGAUCUUCCUGAUGGCAACCGAAGUGCCUUGGAGAAAAGGGGAGAAGUUGCCAAAGACAAAUUUGGAAAGAUUAUGUGGUACGCCGUUACAAACUACAGGACCUGGAUCUUCGUUCUUCUCUAUGGAUACUCCAUGGGAGUUGAGUUGAGCACUGAUAAUGUUAUCGCCGAGUACUUUUUUGACAGGUUUCACUUGAAGCUCCACACAGCCGGAAUCAUAGCAGCAUGUUUCGGUAUGGCCAAUUUCUUUGCUCGUCCAGCAGGAGGCUAUGCGUCUGACCUUGCAGCCAGGUACUUCGGUAUGAGAGGGCGGUUGUGGGCGUUGUGGAUCAUUCAAACAGCCGGUGGUCUCUUCUGUGUGUGGCUCGGCCGUGCAAACACCCUCGUAACUGCUGUUGUAGCUAUGAUCCUCUUCUCUUUAGGAGCACAAGCCGCUUGUGGAGCUACCUUUGCAAUCGUUCCCUUUGUUUCCCGGCGAGCCCUUGGAAUCAUCUCAGGUCUAACCGGAGCUGGAGGAAACUUUGGGUCAGGGCUCACACAGCUCAUAUUCUUCUCGACGUCAAAGUUCACAACCGAACAAGGGAUAACAUGGAUGGGGGUUAUGAUAGUUGCUUGCACGUUGCCUGUGACUUUAAUCCACUUCCCUCAAUGGGGAAGCAUGUUCUUGCCUCCUUCUAAAGAUCCAGUCAAAGGUACGGAGGAGCACUAUUAUGGUUCUGAGUGGAACGAGCAGGAGAAGCAGAAGAACAUGCAUCAAGGGAGCCUCCGGUUUGCGGAGAACGCUAAGUCCGAGGGUGGCCGCCGCGUCCGUUCUGCUGCUACGCCGCCUGAGAACACACCAAACAAUGUUUGAUCACACCAAUGAUCUGUCAAGAAAAUCAAUAAUUUCACUAAUGUUAAAUGGAAAUAAACAGUGGAAAAACUUUUGUUAUGCUUGUAUAUUUUGAAUGAUUGUAACGAGCAUUUUAAACCAUAAGCUUCUUUUGAUGGAAGUGGUUGUACG